AUGUCGGUCAUUUUAAGAGGUGCAGUGAAAUUGUAUUAUUAUUUAAAUGACGAAAUCCGAGAUACGAGAACACAGGACUGGUUCUUAAUAAGAUCGCCAUGGCCGGGGUUAGCCUUACUUACAUUGUACCUGCUGAUGGUGCUCCGAUGGUUGCCAGACUACAUGAAGAACCGACCUGCGUAUGAUUUACGAAGCAUAAUGGCAGUAUAUAACGCCAGUCAGAUGAUCGGUUGCAUCUAUAUAGCUUAUAAGGGCCUAUCAUUAGGAUGGUUGAAUCACUACUCUCUACUGUGUCAAGGUUUAGAUAAUGGUCCAAAUGCGCUUGAAUACGCGUGGACUGUGUGCUAUGGAUACUUCGUUAUGAAGCUUAUUGAUCUCCUAGAUACGAUAUUCUUUGUUUUAAGAAAAAAACAUAAUCAAGUAACAUUUCUACACGUUUACCAUCACUGGGGCAUGGUAGCGGUGUCCUGGGGCAUUGUGAAAUGGGUUCCAGGAGGCCACGUGACAUCUUUGAUAAUAUUAAACUCCAUUGUCCAUUUUGUAAUGUACGGCUACUACUUGAUGACUUCACUUGAUGGAACGAACAGACAAGCACUCAGGAGAUGGAAAAAACAUAUCACACAGAUACAAAUAUUCCAGUUCGCUAUGCUGUUUGUACACCAUUUUGCAAUGCUCUUGAAGCGAGAAUGCGCCUUCCCCAGUCCACCAGCCUACAUUCUGUUGCCGCAGAACUUUUUCAUGCUCUUGCUUUUUUCUGAUUUCUAUUACCGAUCAUAUUUCAAGUCUAAGAAACAGUAA